GCGCAGGCGCCAAGGACGCGGAGCCGCGCGGCGCCGGCGACUAUGGCAUCCCAUGCAGAGUGCCGUCCUCUGGGAGUGUUUGAGUGUGAACUCUGUGCCUUGACAGCUCCCUACAGCUACGUGGGGCAGAAGCCCCCCAACACCCAGUCGAUGGUCCUCCUGGAGGAGAGCUAUGUCAUGAAGGAUCCCUUCACCUCCGACAAGGGCAGAUUCCUGGUGCUCGGCUCGCAUUGCAGUUUGUGCAGCAGGCUGGUGUGUGUGGGCCCGGAGUGCAGUUUAUUCUACGCCAAGAGAUUCUGCCUCCCUUGUGUCCAGGAGAACAUCAGUGCCUUUCCUCAGGAAAUUCGGCAAGACUUGGAGAAAAGGAAAGCUCCGUCAAAGAGGCCCCCGAGCCAGCCUGGUUCUCGGACGUGAAGGCAGCUGGGGCCGCGUCAUCGGGCAACACCCUGCACAGAGCUCCUGGGCCGGCCUGGCGCCGGGGAUGCUGCUGAGCUGGGAGCCGCUGAGCCUCCAUUGGGAGCAGCACUGCAGCCCAGAGGAGCUGGAGUCCAGCUUGGAGCAGCCACAGGCCCAGGGCGUUGUGCCGAGAAGGUAGCCCAAAGGCAGGUACCAGCCCGGACGCAGCCAGGAACCCGGCCAGGCAUCCCCGCGCGCCCCUUAGCGCCGAGGCCUCAGUGAGUGCCGCUCAGAUGCGACUGAGAGGGACGACCCCCUUCGGUGGGGCAGCUCCUAAGAGGCCACUUGCAGGGGCAUGUGCAGGAAGACGCCACACCGUGUUGGGGCCAGCGCGCACCGUGGGUGGCUGUAAUGGUCUCUCUGUAAGGAAAAUCACUGACAGCAGCUGCUUCUGGAGCCAGCCUGUGAGGUCUAGAGGGUGACAAAAUUUUUACUUCAUAUCCUUAUGUGACGCUUGGAAAAUGCUUUUAACCUUAACCGUGUAUUACGUUUAUAAUGAAAAACCCAGCUAAUGUUUGGAAAAGGAAUCUUCCCCUGAAACGUCUGGAUACUCAGCAAUCUCCCUGGGUACUCGGGGUCUCCUGGGAAGGUGAGUGCUGGCUUCCAGCCUCUCCAGUUCCCUCAGGCUCUGGCUGCAGCUUGGGCCCCUCCAUUCUGUCUCCCACAAUCCCAAGGCAGGAAUGCUGUGGGCUUCCUGUCCUCACCUUGCACCUCAAGACCAUCACGCUUGCCUGCCUGCUUGCCUCCUGCCAUCUCAGACACAGUCCUCGGUGCCUGCAAAGCCCGGCCCCACUGCUUGCCGGGAGUUCCUGUGGCACCCCCUCCUCCAGACUCCCUAUCUCCCCGGAGCUUCUAGGGUAGCAGUUGGCGGGACACUGAUCUUUGCACUCUGGAAUGUCUGCUUAGAGUUCUGAGAGGCAGGAGCUGCUCUGUCCUUAGAACUACUCCAGGCCAACUGUCACGUGACGAAGGGAUGAAUAAAGUUUUUUUGCUGACUUA